GGAGCAACGGCAGAACGCGCCUUGGCUUUGAGCAGGAGGUUAGUCUCUUAGAAGGUCCGCGGACGAGGAGGCUUUGCUUUACAGGCUUUUCUGAGAAGGCUGGUGCUUGAGGCCUCGCAGCAACCAUGUCGGGCAAGGCGCCUGCUAUUGGCAUUGACUUGGGCACCACUUACUCCUGUGUUGGGGUUUUCCAACAUGGGAAAGUGGAGAUCAUUGCCAAUGACCAAGGCAACCGCACCACCCCAAGCUAUGUGGCCUUCACCGACACCGAGCGCCUCAUUGGGGACGCAGCCAAGAACCAGGUGGCCAUGAACCCCAACAACACCAUCUUUGACGCCAAGCGCCUCAUCGGCCGCAAGUUUGACGACCCCACCGUCCAGUCGGACAUGAAGCAUUGGCCUUUCCGUGUGGUCAGCGAGGGUGGGAAGCCCAAGGUCCAGGUGGAGUACAAGGCUGAGAACAAGACCUUCUUCCCCGAGGAGAUCUCCUCCAUGGUGCUGACCAAGAUGAAGGAGAUUGCUGAGGCGUACCUGGGCCGCAAGGUCCAGAGCGCCGUCAUCACCGUGCCAGCGUACUUCAAUGACUCCCAGCGCCAGGCCACCAAGGACGCCGGCACCAUCACUGGCCUCAACGUCCUGCGCAUCAUUAACGAGCCCACAGCAGCAGCCAUUGCCUACGGCUUGGACAAGAAAGGCAGCGGGGCGGGUGAGAAGAAUGUGCUGAUCUUCGACCUGGGCGGCGGCACCUUUGACGUCUCCAUCUUGACCAUCGAGGACGGCAUCUUUGAGGUGAAGUCCACAGCUGGUGACACUCACUUGGGAGGUGAGGACUUCGACAACCGCAUGGUGAGCCACUUUGUAGAGGAGUUCAAGCGCAAGCACAAGCGCGACAUUGGUGGCAACAAGCGGGCUGUCCGGCGGCUCCGCACAGCCUGCGAGAGAGCCAAGCGCACCCUGAGCUCCUCUACCCAAGCUUCCAUUGAGAUUGACUCCUUGUUUGAUGGGAUUGACUUCUACACUUCCAUCACCCGGGCCCGCUUUGAGGAGCUCAAUGCCGACCUCUUCCGUGGCACCUUGGAGCCGGUGGAGAAGGCCCUUCGCGACGCCAAGCUUGACAAAGGGCAAAUCAACGAGAUUGUGCUGGUUGGGGGCUCCACUCGCAUCCCCAAGAUCCAGAAGCUGCUGCAAGACUUCUUCAAUGGCAAGGAGCUCAACAAAAGCAUCAACCCGGACGAAGCAGUGGCCUACGGGGCUGCGGUCCAGGCUGCCAUCCUGAUGGGUGACAAGUCGGAGAAUGUGCAGGAUCUGCUCCUUCUUGACGUGGCACCGCUGUCCCUGGGCAUCGAGACAGCGGGUGGUGUGAUGACGGCCUUGAUCAAACGCAACACGACCAUCCCCACAAAGCAGACCCAGACCUUCACCACCUAUUCGGACAACCAGAGCAGCGUGUUGGUGCAGGUCUACGAGGGUGAGCGGGCCAUGACAAAGGACAACAACCUGCUGGGCAAGUUUGACCUGACGGGCAUCCCUCCAGCCCCCCGUGGCGUGCCUCAAAUCGAGGUCACCUUCGACAUUGAUGCAAAUGGCAUCCUCAACGUCACGGCCGUGGACAAGAGCACAGGCAAAGAGAACAAGAUCACCAUCACCAACGACAAGGGCCGCCUCAGCAAGGACGACAUUGACCGCAUGGUGCAGGAGGCAGAGCGCUACAAAGCCGAAGACGAGGCCAACCGUGAGCGGGUGGUUUCCAAAAACGCCCUGGAGUCCUAUGCCUACAACGUCAAGCAGACCGUGGAGGAUGAGAAGCUGAAAGGCAAGAUCGGCGAGCAGGACAAGCAGAGGGUGCUGGAGAAGUGCCAGGAGGUCAUCAGCUGGCUGGAUCGCAACCAGAUGGCCGAGAAGGAAGAGUUUGAGCACAAGCAGAAGGAGCUGGAGAAGCUUUGCAACCCCAUCAUUGCCAAACUCUACCAAGGCGCCGGAGCUGCAGGCGCUGGUGCUCCCGGUGGUGGACCCACCAUUGAAGAAGUGGACUAAGCUGUCAUGAACUGGACUAUAGAAGAAGCGGCUGCCACUAAAGUUGUUCUGUUAGUUUCCAUUCGUUCAGUGCCAUUGCUGGUGGGGCUUUCCGGGGAGUUGGGGUGGGAGGAAGUAUUGUUCUGUAUUUCAGCCAGGGAGGCACAGCCAGCUUAAUGUGUUUUGUUGCAGCUAAUGUUUGUUUGUUCUUCAGAUACCCAUGCUAGUCAGUGGAUUUCUGUUUCUUUAUGUUCUUUGUUCUAAAUGUCCACUGGAGGAUUGCCAUUGAGGGUUAAAAAACAACAACACCAUUUCAAGAGAACAUGGGAAAUGGUCACUGUACCAAAAAAAAAGAAAAAAAUAUUUUGUAACUUUUUUGGUCUGGUUAUUUUGAAAUUUUGGUAAUAAAAAGUUAUUUGAAUCUUAAAA